GCCUCAUUCUGGCGCCCGACGCAUCUGAUUGGCUGUUCAGCAGCGCGUCUGUGAUUGGUUCACUUCGCCUCCCAUCUCUCUCUAGCUCUCGAUGACGUCAUUUGUAAACAAAACCUGGCGGGAUAUCAUAGCAGAGACUGCUCAACAUAGACUCAUUCAUUUCCCGGCUAAUAUCAUUGUCUCCUUAGACAUUUACAUUACUCCACAUAGUGUGAUGCAGUGCCUACACGUUCUACAGUAGUAAUACCACCGCGGCACCGCCACAACGGUAGAGAGGGAUGACCUGAUGCCGCUAUCCCGACAUGGUAUACCUCCACCACAGCCUGUAACAGUGGCUGUUCAUCUUCACCCACACCUGAUCCACAUUAGUUGACCUGUUGGAUGGUUCUACUGCUCCCAGCCUGGCUUCCAAAGCAGUCAACCUUACCAGGACCUUCUUACAAAGUCCAGCCAUCUACAACAAAGGUCCACAUGUAACCUGAAGCUGUACCCGCUUACUCCAUCUUUGGGCUCUAGAGGCUGUGGUGUCACAGCCUGCACAGCCACACCAAAACUCCAAGAAGAAGAAGAACAUUGACUUAACAAUGGCAGGACUGGAUAAUCACAGUCAAAGUAGUACUGUUAUGAAUCCUCACGCUCAUGUAUUCGUGAAGUGUAAUUUCUGCAACAAAGACUUCACCAAAGACUGGAGCAGGAAAAGACAUGAAAAGAAAGUUCAUGGUGUAAACACCACAGACAACUAUGAAGUGGCAGAGAUAACAGUUCCUGAUGCUUCAAAAGUGUGCACUUACUGUAAUAAAGUUUUUUCCACCUCCUGUAACAAACGAGCUCAUGAACGUCGACAGCAUGGUGUGAACCCUGGCCCUGUAUCCCAUUCAGAUGGCCCAACUAUUGUGCAAUGUACAGAAUGCAAUGUGACUUUUGCUACCCUUACUGCUUACAGGGAACACCUUUCUUUAGUCCAUGACAUUGAGAUUCACAAAGCUCAGCAUGAGUUUACUUCUGAGGAAGAUUUCUUGAGAUGGAAAGACUGUAUGGAACUGGACAUUGGAGUCAAUUACACGGCUCAUUCUGGACCAAAGAAAUCAUGUGAUGGCACCAAACAGAUAUUCUACUGUCGAAGAUCAGGUGUUCAGUCAACGAAGAUUUCCAGUAAGAGUCGUGCAGAAAAGAGCCAAGGUACCUGUAAGAUGGGGUUUUACUGCACCUCAUCAAUUGAAGUUGUGAAGAAGGAUGAAAAGAUUUGUGUGACCUUUUACUCUGACCAUCGUGAUCACAACCUUGAUUUUAACAGCCAGGUUCACAUGACACUUCCCAAGAGUGAACAGGAUAAGAUUGCAGCUUGUGAUGAAAUCAUCAUAUCUGCAAAGCGUAUGAUUACACAAGGGAUCGAACAUGACAUAAUUUUGGACAGAGUGCGGGAGUCAGCAGGCAGUAAUCGAAUGUCUUUCUUAGAAAACAAGGAUAUAGAUAAUAUUUGUGUUAGGUAUGGAUUGAAUAAAACCCACAGCAGACACUCAGCCAAACCUAAGGUGUCAACAGAAGAAAUUAAUAUGAUUCAUGAUGUAAGUAAUGAGGAAACCUAUGAUAGACAAGUUGUGAAAUACCAGGAACAAUUGAAAAACAAAAUUAUGUUACAGCUUCUCCCAAAAUGUAGUGAAAGUAAGGACCUUCAAGUUUUGAAAACGGCUAAUAGCUUGUUGUGUAAGUUAAUUGCAACAUUAGAUGCUGGCACGAGUUAUCCACCAAACAACAGUAACUGGCCUGUGGAUGUGACAACUGUUUCAGAGCCAGGUAAUAAAAAGUGUGUUAAGCAAGACCGGUUGUAUUCGACAAGGAAGAGAAAACGAGAAAAUAUAGGUAUGUGCUUAAAAAAGCCUAGUUCAAAAGCAAGAUUAAUAAUUGGGGAGAGUCUUGCAAAGUCUGAGUCUGAUGUAAGUGUUCCAGUACUAUCAGAAGGUAGAAUAGACGAUGAACAUAGUUAUUGAGGUAUUAAGGUCUAAGGUGUGAUCGAAAAAUGUGUCAAGUUAAAGGUGUACCUAUCUCAUGUCUUUCUACCAUAGUCCACAAAUUUUUCAGUAACCCUUUGUAUUAAAAGCAAUGCUAGUGUAUCAAGGUAAAAAAAGUAGAUGCUUUUGUCUUAUGUAUUGAAUCCUAUGUCCACUGAGUGGUCUGUUUACUUUAAUGUUUGAGGAUUAUUAUAUUAACCAAAGCUGGGUAUACUUGUAUGUAGUAUGUAAUUCUGAUAUGUGUCUGAUAU